GACGUGCGGCGGCGUUUCCGGGAAGAUGGCGGCUGUCGAAGCGGCUGCGGAGCCGGUAACGGUGGUGGCAGCUGUUGGUCCAAAGGCGGAGGAGGAAGAGGAGUCGCUGCCACCGUGCGAGGCGGUGCGCUGGGCCCCGGUGGGGGCAGUGGCGGAGGCCGGGCCUGGGACGGCCGCGUUCUCGGAAGAGGCGGCGGCCGAGGAGCCCGUGCUGACCACAGAUGAAGUGGGAAGCCCAUUGCAGGCAGACAGCGCGCACUGUGAGUGCAAGGCCAGUGGGAAGACAGGAAGUGGCUCCACGAGAAUGGGCAGCAGCCGACUGCCUCCAGGAAACAGCAAGACAAAGGCAGACGACGUGAAGAAGGUCCAGGAGACGGGCCUGCACCUCGUGCGGCGCGCGCUGGCCGUGCUCCAGAUCUUUGCUGCCAGCCAGUUUGGUUGCGCCACGGGCCAGAUCCCACAAACCCUGUGGCAGAGGGGCCAGGCUGACAGGGACUACUCCCCCUUACUGAAGAGGCUGGAGAUCUCAGUAGAGAGAGUGAAGCAGCUAGCCUUGAGGCACCAGCCGCACAACCACAUCAUCACCUCUGCCAGCCUCCAGGACCUGUCUCUGGGAGGCAAGGACGAGCUGACCAUGGCUGUGCGGAAGGAGCUGACCGUGGCCGUCAGGGACCUGCUGGCCCACGGACUCUACGCCUCCUCACCAGGAAUGAGCCUGGUCAUGGCCCCCAUUGCUUGUUUGCUGCCAGCCUUCUCCUCGGCCCCUGAGGCCAUGCACCCGUGGGAGCUCUUUGUAAAGUACUACCAUGCUAAGAAUGGCCGUGCUUACGUGGAAUCCCCCGCCCGAAAGCUCUCCCAGUCCUUUGCCCUGCCAGUUAUGGGAGGCACCGUUGUGACCCCCAAGCAGAGCCUUCUGACAGCCAUCCAUGUGGUGCUGACGGAGCACGACCCCUUUAAACGCAGUGCAGACUCAGAGUUGAAGGCCUUGGUGUGCAUGGCCCUGAACGAGCAGCGUCUUGUGUCCUGGGUGAACCUAAUCUGCAAGUCGGGGUCACUCAUCGAACCCCACUACCAGCCCUGGAGCUACAUGGCGCACACAGGCUUUGAGAGCGCCCUCAACCUGCUCAGUCGCCUCAGCAGCCUCAAGUUCAGCCUCCCCGUGGACCUGGCCGUGCGCCAGCUCAAGAACAUCAAAGAUGCCUUUUGAUAAGAGUGCCUGGCCCUUCAACCAGCACCUUCCUCAGUAGAGUAGGGGUAGAUGGUUAGUCUUCUAGGAUAGAAACAAAGAGGAGGAGGAGGGGUUAAAGACAGUCUCCCUAGCCAAAUGACUGCAAAGUCUGUUUUCCCCGCCAACGUAGCAUCUCAGAGAUGCUGGAGACCUUCUCGUUCCAAGGUUCUGCCCUGGCGUGUAACACAUGGGCACAAAUAUUUGAGCCGAUAUAAAAGGAAUCGGCUCUGGCACACAGUUAAUGGACCACCUCAUCGUGCCACAUCUGCUUUCUCCAAAACCCAGAUUGCUCUAACCAUUCUCCUUAUGGUGGUGAGUGACAUGAGUGAGUCGUUGGUCCCGGAAGACAUUCAGUCAGCUGGGAUGCGUAUUCCUUCGCUUGGAGCAGGUUCGAGAGUCGUUGGGCCAGAAUUUGAAUUCCUUUACGAAUGCUGACACCCCUUUCUUCCUGACCCCAGGUCAGGGGAGGCUGUGUGUGUUCCACAGUUGCUUCUAAAACUAGGAAUGGGGAUAUCGGAAAACAGCAUUUCUGAGGGAGUUCACCACAAGUUGGUUUCAAUGUGAGCCCUUUUUUGUGGGUAAGAACUGAGAUCUGUUCCUGACAAGGUGGCCCACUUCUCACGGCACAGAUGGCGGUCUUUUGGAUUUAGAGCUGGUUAGUUAUGAGGAAUGGCAACCACUGUCGGUACCACGUCCUCUGGCAAAUAACCUUUCCUGGGCACACCUCCCAGCAAGGCGCUGACCCAGUCUUUUUGAAAGUACAUACACCAGAGCUAUACUCCUCGGGAGAACCCUUGCCACCCAAGUCAAGUGUGAAUGGGAAUACGCCUUAGUGAUCAGCAGCAACUCCUCCCAGGGUUGGGAUUCCACUUGUCCUGGAGGCUGGAUGAUGGAGGGGGUCUGAUCACGCAGUAGGGACUACAGAGGGGGUUGGGACUACAGUAGAUGACCGCUGACAGGGACUGAGCAUUUCCUUGUAAAACUGACCCUAGAGUGAUCCUGUUUGGCCUUCAGUAUUUUAGCCUUUUUAGUUCGUAUUUAUCAUUCAGCUUGCAUACUGCUCCAGGACUGCCCAAAGAUGGGCAAAGUGUAUCCUAUCACUUUCUGGAAAACCAGAUGGGAUCUGCAUACCGCUGAUCGGCAUUGUUUCCUGUAUUAAAUUACCAGCUGCACUCGUGUCUGCGCUAUUGCGUAGUCCGCGUUAACUUAAUUUUUUUCAGUGACAUGUUAUUUAAGAUGUAUUAUUGAUAAUUCAUUAGAAUUAGUCCUCUUUCUGUGUGAAACAGGGUAAGUGUAAAAUGUGGAAAAUGAUAUAUCUGUGGUUGCUAAUAAAAAUCAUAGUAUUUUAUGUAGCUUCUCUACAAAGAC